CGCGCCGAGGCUGGGAAGAAGAAUCGAGGUUUGGCUCGGGCGGGGACGACAAGCAAGUGGAGCGCAGGGACAGCCGGCUGCGCGGGCGGGCGAGAGAGGCCUUUGUCUCCUCCUCCCGGCGAGCUCGGUGGUGCCACUCCGGUCCCCAUGAGCCCGCGGCCCCCCGGCGCCCGGGCGUCCCGCAGCCCCUAACCUGCCCUGUCCUCGCCAUGGCCGAGGCGGCUUCGGGCGCCGGGGACGUGACCCUGGAGGGGGAGCGGGGCAAGAGGCCCCCUCCCGAGGGCGAGCCUGCGGCGCCUGCGUCUGGAGUACUGGAUAAACUAUUUGGGAAGAGGCUCCUGCAGGCUGGCCGCUACUUGGUUUCCCACAAGGCAUGGAUGAAGACAGUGCCCACCGAGGACUGCGACGUGCUCAUGACCUUCCCAGACACCACUGAUGACCACACGCUGCUGUGGCUGCUGAAUCACAUCCGGGUGGGCAUUCCUGAGCUGAUUGUGCAAGUUCGCCAUCACCGCCACACGCGUGCCUAUGCCUUCUUUGUCACCGCCACAUACGAGAGCCUGCUCCGUGGGGCCGAUGAGCUGGGUCUGCGCAAGGCCGUGAAGGCCGAGUUUGGAGGGGGCACCCGCAGCUUCUCCUGCGAAGAGGACUUCAUCUACGAGAAUGUGGAGAGCGAGCUACGCUUCUUCACAUCGCAGGAGCGGCAGAGCAUCAUUCGCUUCUGGUUGCAGAACCUUCGAGCCAAGCAGGGGGAGGCUCUGCACAACGUGCGCUUCUUGGAGGACCAGCCAAUCAUUCCGGAGCUGGCUGCACGAGGCAUCAUACAGCAGGUGUUUCCAGUUCACGAGCAGCGUAUUCUGAAUCGUCUCAUGAAGUCCUGGGUGCAGGCCGUGUGUGAAAACCAGCCUUUAGAUGAUAUCUGUGACUAUUUUGGGGUGAAGAUUGCCAUGUAUUUUGCCUGGCUGGGCUUCUACACAUCAGCAAUGGUUUAUCCUGCUGUCUUUGGCUCUGUUCUGUAUACAUUCACUGAGGCUGAUCAGACAAGCCGGGAUGUUUCCUGUGUGGUCUUCGCUCUCUUCAAUGUGAUCUGGUCAACACUGUUCUUGGAGGAGUGGAAACGGAGGGGGGCAGAGCUAGCCUACAAGUGGGGUACACUAGACUCACCUGGGGAGGCUGUGGAGGAGCCACGUCCCCAGUUCAGGGGCAUCCGGCGCAUCAGCCCUAUCACCCGGGCUGAGGAGUUCUACUACCCACCCUGGAAGCGAUUGCUCUUCCAACUUCUUGUCAGCCUGCCUCUGUGCCUGGCCUGUCUUGUCUGCGUCUUUGUACUGAUGCUUGGCUGCUUCCAGCUGCAGGAGCUAGUCUUGAGUGUGAAGGGUCUGCCCCGCCUGGUUCGCUUCUUGCCCAAGGUCAUGCUAGCCCUGCUGGUCAGCGUGAGUGCUGAGGGCUACAAGAAGUUAGCUGUGUGGCUAAAUGACAUGGAGAAUUACCGGCUAGAGAGCACCUACGAGAGGCACCUUAUCAUCAAAGUCGUCUUGUUCCAGUUUGUCAACUCGUACUUGAGUCUGUUCUACAUCGGCUUCUACCUCAAAGACAUGGACCGCCUGAAAGAGCUCCUGCUACUCCUGUCCCUGACCCAGAGCCUCGAGCGGCAGUUGCGGGCGGCGCUGGUCCCGCUCGCGGCCCUGCGGUUCCGCCUGCUCCUCCUGUCCCUCCGGGGUCUCCUGCUCGUGGCCCGGGCCAAAAUGCUGGCCACCCUGCUCAUCACCCGGCAGCUGCUGCAGAACGUGCGCGAGGUGCUGCAGCCACACCUGUACCGCAGGCUCGGCACCGGGGAACUGGGCCUGCGCACCAUUCUGGAGCUGGCCCGGGCCCUGUUAGGCCUGCUAGGCCUGCUGAACCCCUUGCGCCCGGAUCCCCGACGGCACUUGGAGACCCAGGCUGAUGAGGGUGGAGCCGGGAGCCGCAGGUGCCUGGGCGGUGGCUGCGGGGCGCCCGAGGAGGAGGAGGAGGAGGAGGCAGCUGUGGAGCGGAGGCCAGCAGGGGAAGGUGGGGAUGUUCCAGAAGGGCCUCGGGGUGGCAAGGAGGAGGACGAGGAGGAGGAGGAGGAGGAGGAGGAGGACGACGACGACGACGAAUACGAGGGAGAGGAAGGAAGCCUCCUGGACUGCGGGCUGCGCCUCAAGAAGGUCAGCUUUGCUGAGCGGGGCGCAGGGCGGCGCAGGCCAGUCCCGAGCUCCGACGGCCUCCUGGAGGAGGGUAGCCCCACCAUGGUGGAGAAGGGGCUGGAGCCUGGUGUGUUUACGCUGGCCGAAGAAGACGAUGAGCCCGAGGGGCCUCCAAGUAGCCCAGGGCCAGAGCCCCAGACCGUCUUGCUUCGUCGGGCGGGUGGGGAGGGGCGCGACCAAGGUCCUGAUGGAGACCGAGAUCCAGAGACUGGCUCUGGCGACGCGGCUGGGAGACAGAAGAGACAUAACAGGUCCUCGUGGAUCGACCCGCCAGAGGAGGAGCAUUCACCGCAGCUCACGCAGGCUGAGCUGGAGAGCUGCAUGAAGAAGUAUGAGGACACGUUCCAGGACUACCAGGAGAUGUUCGUGCAGUUUGGCUAUGUAGUGCUCUUCUCCUCUGCCUUCCCACUGGCCGCCCUGUGUGCCCUAGUCAACAACCUGAUUGAGAUUCGAAGUGAUGCCUUCAAGCUCUGCACUGGCCUACAGAGGCCCUUCGGGCAGCGUGUGGAGAGCAUUGGCCAGUGGCAGAAGGUAAUGGAGGCGAUGGGAGUGCUGGCCAUCGUGGUGAACUGCUACCUCAUUGGCCAGUGUGGCCAGCUGCAGCGCCUGUUCCCCUGGCUAAGCCCAGAGGCGGCCAUUGUGUCUGUGGUGGUGCUAGAGCACUUGGCUCUCCUAGUGAAGUACCUCAUCCAUGCAGCCAUCCCUGACAUCCCCGGCUGGGUGGCUGAGGAGAUGGCCAAACUGGAGUACCAGCGACGGGAAGCCUUCAAGCGGCACGAGAGGCAGGCGCAGCAGCGCUUCCAGCAGCAGCAGCGGCGGCGGCGCGAGGAGGAGGAGCGGCAGCGGCACGCGGAGCAGCAGGCGCGGCGGGAGCGCGACACGGGAGGCCGCGAGGAGGCGCGCGCGGAGGCUCCGGGCCCCGACCCCGCGACGGAGCGCGGCGCGGCCAAGGCCAAGGGCAGCGAGCGGCCCCGACGGCCCGGAGCGCUGCUGCCGCCCGGCCCUGUGCUGCGGCUGAAGCAGAUCAUCCCGUUGCAGACUCGGCCGCCCGCACCCACCGGGUGCGCGCCCCCGCCGCGCUCGCCCGCGGACACGCGCCUGCCCGCCUUCCUCAGCCUGCGCUUCCUCAAGGCUCCCGAGCGAGGCCCGUCCCCGCCGCGGCCCGGGAAGCUGUUCGCCUUCGCGGCGCGCGAGCCCGCAGCCAACGGCGCCCCCGGGGGCGGCGCGCGCGCUCACAGGAGCGCCGGGGACGAGCCCGCGGCCGCCGAGCCGGAGCCGCGGCCGGAGGACGCAGGUCACAGGCCUUAACCGGGGCGCGCGUCGCGAGGGCAGUGGGCACCGUGGGGCCCCGCGAACCGCGCUCUCCCUCCGCAGGGCCCGCCUCGCCUCCCGCCGGCUGCUGGCGCUGGGAUGCACCCUGGGGCUGCGGCGACAACCCGCCCCGCGUCCCCGCGGAUGCCCCCGUGCGCCCUGCGCAGCCCGCCUGCUGGCCCACAGCCCGCCACUAGCCCCGCCGCGCCCCUGCCGUUCUCCCGACCAGGAUGAGGUCCUCGAGGGGACCCCCCACAGUACAGAAAAGUACACAGGAUGGGCGGUUAUUUAUUUGUUUUUAAUUUAUUUUGUCAUAUUUUUGUAAAACGGCAGAAAUGCAAUAAAAUGUCUAUUUCAACAGUG